CUGGUUCCGUUUCUUCCCUCCAGUGCUCCGCUCUUCGCUCCAGAUCUCCCGGGCUAUGGUUCUAGCACUCCUAUUAAGCAGAAUGAUAAACUCACCGUUGGAAAAACACUGAUGUCCGCACUUCACACUCAAAUAAAGAGAUCCACAAGCAAAUCACCGUCCUCGGAUAUCCCUGUGGUCCUGAUCGGACACGAUCGCGGUGCAAGGAUUUGCCAUCGGCUUUCCGUAAGCGGGGUGGAGGGAUUCAAGAUCCUAGGUGUUUGUUUGAUGGAUAUCGGUCCCCACUUCCACCCAAUGGGCCGCCUCAUCCUCCGUCCCGGAUAUGGUUGGCUACUUCCACUGGCCCUUCCUCGCCAACGUCUCUCUCGCAUUCGACAUGAUUACCGCCUACGGCGGCUCCCGCUGGUGCAACGACAUGAUCCUACGCUGGGCAGGUAAAAACCCCGUCGGCCUCGCAUCGCUUAAAUCAGACAAUGCACUCGAAGUCUACGGCGAGUUCUUCACAAAUCCCGAAACAAUUCGUGCGAGCAAUGAGGACUAUAGAGCUGGUGCGUUUGAGGAUGUAGAUAUGCAGACAGAGGAUCAGAAGGCGGGACGAAAGAUUGCGAGGAAUUUGGGUGUGUUGUUAGUUUAUAGUAGUGAUUACAUUGGAAGGAGGCAUGAUGUAGAGAGUGAGUGGAGGGGUUGGGUGGAGGAGGGGACGCAUGUGAAGAGUUCUGGGCUAGGUAAUGGGAUUGGGCAUUUUUUACCUGAGGAAGCACCGCAGGAGACGGCGAAGGUUAUCAGGGAGUGGCUUGAGGAGUUGGGUGUAGGGGUCUAAGAAUGGCGAGUUGACUAGUUUUCUAGAGUGAGGGGGAUGGUCAUCAUCGUUUUGUUAUGCUGGGGAAGCACUCAACUUCAUUCCCCUACCUUGGCCUAACUGUAGACGUACCUUCACGCUGCCCAAUCAUGGCACACAUGCUUAAAAAAAAAAGUGGGUGCUAUUGUUUUCAAUCUCUCACUUUCGCACGUUCGGAAUUUAGGUGUAAGCUUCAAUAUUUUGACUGCUCUAAAUCCACGAGCAUAACUGUCC